AUGCCGCAUCCCCAGGUAUUAUUUUUCGACACGUUCGGCACUGUCGUGGAAUGGAGAUCUUGUGUGACCAAGGCCCUGGGCACAGCGGCUCAGCUAGCCCUCAGCGACCCGAACAAGGAUAUCCCCAAUGACGUGCGAAAGCGCGCAUCUGCGCUGCGCGAGGCGGACUGGCUCGGCCUCGCCGAAGAAUGGCGGGGAUCAUACGCCGUUUUCACAAGCACGUUUGAUGCAUCCAAAGACUUUGUCUCGGUCGAUGAGCACCACCACACCGCAUUGAAAACUUUGCUGACCCAGCGGGGCAUCAGAGCCCUCUUCAGCGACCAGGAGCUGCUGGCAUUGACCUUCACCUGGCAUCAGCUCGAGCCGUGGGCCGACAGCGUUCCCGGACUGGGACUCUUGAAUCGCCGUUUCACUACGUCGACCUUGUCCAAUGGCAACAUGGCGCUCUUGAAAGACCUCCAGCAAAAUGGAUCCCUACCUUUUAAGCGUCUGGUGAGCGCCGAGGACUUUGGCGCGUACAAGCCCUCCGCCAAGGUAUAUCUCGGCGCUGCCCGGCUCCUCGGUCUUGAACCGUCGCAGUGUGCCUUGGUGGCCGCACAUCUCAAAGAUCUCCAGGCAGCUAAGAGCUGUGGUUUCUACACAGUAUACGUUGAGCGAUUGAAGGAGGAAGCAUGGGCCCCUGAACAAGUAGCGCAAGCUAAACUGGACGGCUUUGUGGACAUGUGGGUGGAUUUGGACACCGGGGGAUUCCUGGAGGUUGCUCGGCGAUUUGGUAUCCAAGGACGGUGA